AUGACAAUUUUCUAUUUUGGCUGGAAGUGCUAUAAGUCGCUUGCUGGUGUUCACGCAGGCGGAUUCUCAAAACAAUUUCGAACACUUCAACAUCAAUUCUUUAUUGCUUUGGUUCUCCAAACAGUAAUCCCAAUUACUCUGAUGCAUCUCCCACUUCUCAUAACUUAUUCUGGAGCACUUUUGAAUAUCAGUCUGGGAAACUUCAGCAAUUUGACUUCUAUAACUAUUGCAUUAUAUCCAGUUAUAGAUCCUCUUCCAACUAUUUUCAUUAUUAAAAACUAUCGGGAAGGAUUGAAGAAGUUCUGCUUGACCCCAAUCAAGUUGUUUUUGAAAGUUAAAAAUAAGGACUUGACGAAGAUCGGACACGCAGACGAUGCAAGUUCCACAAGGACCUCAAAAGUCCCUGAAGAUUAUAAUGUCUCUGCAUGGGGUCACAUUUAA